CCUGGAGGAAUUUGACAAUACUACAUUACUUAACAGUGAAUUUUGGGGCGGUUUAUCCAAAUUGUCUGAGGCAAAUAUAAUCGAAAUUAUAAGUGAAUUACUGGUAUGUGGAAAAUUUGACAUAAAUAAAACAACGGUACCACCACAAGGCGUUUCUCUACUUUUUCAUGCAAUUGAAAAUAAUAUGAAGCUAUUAGCAGAUUAUCUCAUUCAACAGGGAGCCGAUGUUUCAUUUGUUGGUAGAAGUGGUUUGCUAGGAACUAUCAGUUGUACUUGCCUCUCAGCAAUACAAAUGCCAUCUGUUCUUCCGGAUGUACUGAAAAGAGGUGGAAAUGCUAAUGAUGUGUACGAUAAAAACGGACAGUCAAUUCUGAUGCUGGCAUUUGAAAAUUACGCUGACCGAAGAACGAUCGAAGAACUUGUACGUGCCGGAGCAAAUUUAACCUGGAGAGAUAACUCUGGAAAAACAACCCUUUCCAUGUUAAAAUCACUAGAUCAGUUCUAUGGUGUUUUGGAUGCAGGCGUCCAAGUAAAGUAUAUCGAACAACUAUAUGAAUUUUCUACGUUGGAGUUCAUCUUUACGAGUAAAAAUAUAAUAAAAUAUAGGAGACUCCUCUUAGAGAAAAAAUUCCAUUUGAAGACCAAAGGCGCUAAAAUUGACUGGAAUGGAAUGACUAAGCUCAUUAGCAUUUUACAGCAAGUUGAAGUAUCAAAAGGUUCUACAUGUGAAGCUGCUCAUCAUCUGCUUGACCUUGGAGCUAAGACAGAUAACUUCUUAUCGAGUAUGAUAAUGGCAGCUUCAAAUGAUGAAGAGUGGCUAAACUUAGGAAGAAGAUUGUUAAAGUCCGGUGCUGACCCAAAUGACAAAACGACGAAGGGACAAUCUGCCCUUUCAGUUGCUAUUCAAAGAAAUUUAUAUGCGUUGUCGGAAGAACUAAUUAAAUAUGGUGCUAAUGUUAACUUUACUGAUCGUGGUGGUAAGACACCGUUGGAUUAUGCUUGCGAAUUAGGGAUGACUGACACGGAAUUCAGAUGUUUAAGAAUUCUCCUCAAAUAUCCAGUAAAAUUGAGCAAAAAGAAUAUUUUCGAACACACUUUUGUCCUAGGAAUAACUAGCCUCCGGCAAUAUCUUCUGAACAAAACAAGCACUAAUAGUAAUCAACACAUUCUCACAAUUGGCGUGAAUGGUGUUUUUCAACUUUUCAUCGCUGGGGCAGAUUUAGUAGAUGAACAGCCUGGAUCAUCUACCUUGAAAUGUCUUCGUUACCUUGCAUUUUAUGGAUUAUUUGAAUCAAUAAAAUUUUUAAUGCGCUCUGGUUGGAAAGUAGAUACAGAUAAGAAAUGGAUAAAGGAUUUAGGAAACGAAGAACAUUUUAACUGUGGUUUUAUGGUCGAUGAAACGUGGUAUAUACCUCAAAUUACAGCUGAAAACCGAAAAGCUCUUUUGGCCGCAUUAAACGAAAUUGAGAAAGAACCAACAAAUUUACAAAACUCCUGUAGAAAUGAAAUUCGAAGGCUGCUCUCUUCUCGUGGUCAUAGUAUUUUGCCCCUUAUUGAAGAUUUACCAAUUCCAACAAAACUUAAAUAUUUCAUAAAAUUUGAAGAUUGUGAAAUUCCAAAGGAAGAAGAAGUGGUUGUAAAUGUUAGAAGCCCUGAGGACCUUUUUGGCGAUUAUUGAAUACUCUAAAAAGUAUACCUGUCCGAAUCCAGCGUUGUGUGUACGUAGCAUUUUGUCAUAUUGUUUGAACAAAAUGCUGCAUAAUUCAUUGGAUUUGCUUGUAACAUACUGCUUAAGUCUUCACUCUGCACCUUUGCGUGAACCACUGCAUCGUUUGAAUAUUGUUUAGAUCACGCACUGAAAAAAGAAAACAUUUAAAUUCAAAAAUUAUCUUUAGUAUACAAGAUAUCAUGGACCCCUUUCCAUUGAAAUAUCUUAAAUUUCAUGUAGUAUUUUAAUUCUUGUAAUGCUAUCAGAAAUCAAAUUCCACUGUAUUUUGAUUUGUAAUAUUUCACCCAUUUUUCUUGACGUUUGGGAAAAAAAGCCCGACGCGGAGAAUAUCUUUUUAAAAAAAUCAAAUGAAAUUUUAUCAGUUUUUU